AUGUCCAAUGCCAGCUUGAUCACCCAUUUCCUCCUCCUGGCAUUCGCAGACACACGGGAGCUGCAGCUCUUGCACUUCUGGCUCUUCCUGGGCAUCUACCUGGCUGCCCUCCUGGGCAACGGCCUCAUCAUCACUGCCAUAGCCUGCGACCACCGCCUCCACACCCCCAUGUACUUCUUCCUACUCAACCUAUCCCUUGUUGACCUCGGCUCCAUCUCCACCACCAUCCCUAAAUCCAUGGCCAAUUCUUUCUGGGGCACCCAGGACAUCUUCUACCGAGGGUGUGUGGCCCAGCUCUUUUUCUUAUUCUUUUUUAUGUCAGUUGAGUAUUUUCUUCUCACUGUCAUGGCAUAUGACCGCUACAUUGCCAUCUGCAAACCCCUGCACUACGGGACCCUCCCGGGCAGCAGAGCUUGUGUCCACAUGGCAGCAGCUGCCUGGGGCAGUGGGUUACUCUAUGCUGUCCUGCACACGGCCAAUACAUUUUCACUUCCCCUCUGCAAGGGCAAUGCUGUGGACCAGUUCUUCUGUGAAAUCCCCCAGAUCCUCAAGCUCUCAUGCUCACACUCCUACAUCAGGGAGGCUGGGCUUAUUGUAGUCAGUGUGUGUUUAGGUUUUGGGUGUUUUCUUUUCAUCAUGGUGUCCUAUGUGCAGAUCUUCAGGGCUGUGCUGAGGAUCCCCUCUCAGCACGGACGGCACAAAGCCUUUUCCACGUGCCUCCCUCACCUGGCUGUGGUCUCCCUGUUUCUCAGCACCGGCACGUUUUCACACCUGAAACCCCCCUCUGUCUCCUCCUCCUCAUCCCUGGACCUGGUGGUGGCAGUCCUGUACUCAGUGGUUCCUCCAGCAGUGAACCCCCUUAUCUACAGCGUGAGGAACCAUGAGCUCAAGGACGCCCUAUGGAAACUGGCGCAAUGGAUGCAGUAUCACCAACAAUAA